AGACACAAGGUCGAAAAACUAGAACGGUCAACGGUGUCGUCAGUCGUGUCGUGGCUUGUUUGUCACCUGUUAUUGUUACCAUUGUUAAUUAUUGUCAAAUCAAACCGAAAAAAGUUGAUUUACUUAUAAGUUAUAACAAAGAUAUUGUCAUGUUUAUAAAGAAAUUGAAUCCACUCAGGCUAGAAUUGCGGUUUUUGUUUUUAUUUUGACGAAACUCAAGUUGUAAACAAUAAUUCUUUUUGAAGAAUUUAUAAUAUUCUGAUGCUGAAAAAUGUGGAAAUCAUCUGUCGUGACUGCGUCCGAUCGUAUUUUUCCCGGUUUGGUUUAUCAUGAGCGUAAAAAAGAGUAUUUUGAUAUCGGAAUCGAUGUCAAAGCGAAUUUGCCAUUACAAAUGGCUUUGUAUUUCAAUGUGUGGUUGUAUCCAAUCUGGAUUUGGAUUCUUCUUUAUAAUUUAGACGCGAAGUACUAUAAAUUGAGUGAUGUCUAUCAGUUCAUUAGCGUGGCCGUUUUUAUCGCCGUUACCAUUUUAGAAGGUGCCAGAUUAUACUUGGGAUAUCUUGGAAACCUGGCAGUAAAAGUACAUAAAAUAAUAAAAUUAAGGGGUCAUCCAUAA